AUGGACUUUUUGAAUCGCCUCCUCGGUAGAAACACUGAUACCAAGUACAAGUAUCGCGGCGCCAAACUCCCCAAGGAGCCUCUGACGCCGCGCGAGAUUGAGGAAAUGCACAGGAAGUUGCAUCCCGAUACGCACAGAGAUAACGCAUGGGAGCCAGAGCCCACUUUUGACCCUCGCGACUGGAGUGUGCCCUAUACUCAAUCGCUGGAAGAAAAGCUCUCCGCUGUCGGCUCGCUACAAGAUGCGCAAUCGGAAUCAUUGCUGUUCAGCAGGUUACCAAUGGAAGUGCGCAUGCAGAUCUGGCGCCUUGUCAUGGGGAAUCACAAGGUGCACUUGACCGUGCAUCGUGGCAGACUGAGGCAGUCUUCGUUUGAGUCGGAGAAUUAUCAGUGGUUACCGCAAAGAGGGCUCUUGAGAGUCCCGCUGAUUUGCCGCGCAGCAUACAUGGAGUCUAUCGCGUACCUCUACUCUGACAACACCUUUUGCUUCGGCUUCGGCCAAGCCAGCUCAAAGUCAGCGCUCACAUUGCUAGACACUAUGCUUCCCAAGCAGCACGUUGCUUCCAUGCAACGCAUGGAAGUCGGAUGGCAUCUAUAUGCUGGCGUGAGUCAGUACUACGACAGUCACCCUCAAGCCUGGGACAUUACGCUGGACGUCCCAGCACCCGAGACUGAAACGCUAUGGAAUAAUGUCUCCGCUGAGCUCGUCAAACUAUCGCAUCUGCGGACGUUGCGGAUUGUGGUUUGGCUGUCUGGUGAUGGGAGAGCGCAGUUUAUGGUGAUGGAAAAAGACAUGCUUGCACCGCUGGUUGCGAUGGGACAUUUGGAGCGGUUUGACGUUCAUUUACCCUGGAAACAGGAUGAUACUGAGAUGUGGAAUGAUGCACCGUUCAAGGUUUCCAGGCGAUUCAGGGUCAAGGAGAUGUAUGGUGUGAGCAUUCCGUUGCUCGAUGAUGACUUUUACUGGUCGGGGUCGGCUACUCAACAUAGGAUAUAUAGAUAA